CGACAUCUGACAGUUGCGUGUUGUGUGAGAUUCGAGUUGUGUGGUUGUACUUUUUCCAAAAUGAUUACCGUACUAAAUACUAUUGAUACCGGCCAUGAAGAUAUGAUACACGAUGCCGAAUUGGACUAUUAUGGAUUGCGGCUAGCCACCUGCUCGUCAGAUAAUUCAGUAAAAAUAUACGACAUCAAAAGUGGUACCCAAACACUUGCUGCCGACUUGAAGGGGCAUUUCGGACCAGUGUGGCAGGUUGCCUGGGCUCAUCCUAAGUACGGUAAUCUCUUGGCUUCGUGUUCAUACGAUAGAAAAGUCAUUAUAUGGAAAGAGUCCGGCGAAUGGACCAAGCUAUACGAAUAUACUGGACAUGAGAGUUCGGUGAACUCAGUGGCGUGGGCACCGGCAGAGUAUGGCCUGAUACUGGCUUGCUGCAGUUCCGACGGCUCCAUAUCGAUCAUCACUAAUGUGCUGGACAGUGGUAAUUGGGAUGUGAAGAAAAUAACAGGUGCUCAUGCUAUUGGCGUCAACUCAGUCAGCUGGUGUCCUGCAAUAUCAGCAGACUUGAACUUAGACCCUCUCUCCAACAAAGAUGCACCCAAGAGAAUAGUAUCUGGAGGAUGUGACAAUUUGAUAAAGAUUUGGAGAGAGCAAGGAGACCAAUGGAUAGAAGAGAAUCGCCUUGAGAUGCACAUGGACUGGGUCAGAGAUGUAGCUUGGGCCCCCUCUCUUGGAUUACAAAGGUCUAUGAUCGCCAGCUGCUCACAGGACAAGCGAGUGGUGAUCUGGACUAGCGAUGACAAUGUUUCAUGGACCCCCACCAUUCUGAAUACUUUCGAUGAUGUUGUUUGGAGCUUGAGCUGGUCACUGACCGGCAACAUCUUAGCUGUCUCCGGAGGGGACAACAAAGUAAGCCUCUGGAAAGAGAGCCCUGACGGCCAGUGGUUAUGUAUAAGCGAGGUAGCCAAAGGAUUAGGCCAGACCCCCAAUGAAGAAAGAAGUACACUUUAAAUUUAUUUUUGUUUCUUUAAUUCUAAUUAAUUUGUGUAAUUAUUUUGAGUUAGUAU